CUCAACCACGACAGGCGACACACAAAGAUAGGGUGGCUGCGGCUGAUGCUGACGAUGGCGAUGACGAAGAAGCGUGUUGGUGGUGGUGACAGCGGAAGCGCUGAAGGUGUAGGAGGUGAAGCAGGAGGGCUGGCGCGUGUGGGGUUGCAGUACAUUGCUCCGGCGGCAUACCGCGCACCAAUGACCGUCGUGCCUGCUGUGGUUGCUUGCAUCCCUGACAAGAAGAAGACAUCCACAAUCCUGCGAUCCCUGCAGCGUACACAUCCCUUGCACGACCUCAAGCACUGCCGCCGUGUCCGCUUCUCACGCGAACGGGAGCAGUUGGAGGUGAUUGUGUGUGGUGUCGCAGCGGAUGUGCACGGUGCCGGUGAUUUGGAAUCGUUGCCCAUUGACGAUGCUACACGGGAGCUCGUUGCGGGUCUUGGUCUGAAAAACGUUCACAUCGCAUCCGUCCCCGCCUUUUGUCCCCUCACUCGCACCCAGAUGACGCAAGCCUCCCAAUAUUGGCCAGUGACCUUUCACGAGAACAGAGAGAUGGCGGCUGCCAUGGACUUAUCUGCAUUCACGCCCCAGCACAUGGAGUAUGUGCAACUGUGUGUGAAGCGGUUACGCGAGUUGGCAGGCAAGGCAGCAGCAGAGGACACGCCGCACCCUUCAACCACACCCACAACACGACCACAUCACACACCACAGCCUCUGCAGCGUUGCGCCAUUGCUGCGGAUCCACGCACCGGCGCUCUCCUCCACACCGCCAACGACCAGCGCCACGCCCACCCUUUGCAUCACGAAGUGAUGAUGCUGAUAGAUCAGGUUGCACGUGCGCGCGCGCGAGAGAGGGCGGCUAUUGUCACGAGCACCACCACCAUCAGCACCACCAUCAGCAGCAGCAGUGGUGUUGGGGCUGCCAUCAAGCGAAAAGCUGACGCGGACAGUUAUGAUACAGACAAGCGUCGUCAUGGUGGUGGUGAUAAUGAUGACGAUGAUGAUGAUGAUGAUGACGCUGGCCAGCUGGAGAGCUCGUACCUCCUCAAGGGCCUUGACGUGUUUCUUACCCACGAGCCAUGCAUCAUGUGCUCCAUGGCGCUUGUUCACUCGCGUGUCGGUCGCAUCUUCUUUGAGACGACGUGUGCCGAUGGCGCCAUCAGCACCAACCACGAGAUUCACCAGCACGACAACCUCAACCACCGCUUUGAUGCCUUUGCCAUUGUCGAUAAUUAGUGUAAAAUAUACGAUAAUCGUCCACAACCAAAACAGCCAAACCGUUUCGCGGCCACCGCAACAACAGCAACACCGCCACACAGCAACA